CUUCUGCUUUUAGACGUCUGUCACGUGGUUUGUGCUACCUAUGUAUUUGCAGGAAGGUUCAUUACAUGUGCAUUGAGGAAGAGAACACGGUACCGACUAAACCAGAGAAUCUAAGUUGAGCAUCAUGGCCACCACAGCUGUAGUGAUCCAGCAGCAGCCGAUGGCAGUGCCGAGGGUCACGGCGUGGAGUUCAGGACUGUUCCACUGCUGCCAGGACAUGGACUCAUGCUGUUUGGCUUUCUGGUGUUUUCCCUGCUUCGCCUGCAAGACCUCGUCAAAGUUCGGCGAGAGUUUAUGCCUCCCUCUCGUGGAUCUUCUCGGCCCCCUGCUCAUGGCGGCUACCGGCAUCGGGAUCUGCGUUCCUCCCGUCACUCUGUCCAUGAGGGUGGCCAUACGGCACAAGUACCAAAUCCCGGGCAGUCUGUGUGAAGACAUCCUGGUCUCCUGUUUCUGCGUCACUUGCUCGUGGUGUCAGAUGAACCGGGAGAUAUCGCACCGUAAACGGACAGAGGCGGUGAUGAGCUCUCAGCCCAUGACGACCUUCAACACCGUCACCUCCACCGUGCCUGUGAUGUAGCGUGUGACAAACACUGAGGAGAUAUCACCGCUCAGCUUCCUGAUCUUCUGCCUCAGCUUUGACUAAACAUGUCUUUCGAUUUUAUAGCAACGAAACCAAGUUUAAAACUUCCAAAUCUCCUCUUUAUCUCAGUCACGACGAGUGAACAAACCUGGAACUCGGGUUGCUCCUGAUCUCAGCUGGGUUUCACACACCUAUAAUGUCACCUUUCUGCUUGAGAGUCGGUGUUGGUUACUUCUUCUUCUUUUUCUUUUUUUUAAUUAUUUGUCAUUAAGCAUCUGUUUUAGCACGUGUUUACUUCAGAAUGGUUCACUUGAACAGAAACAAUUGAAAUUUUUUAAUAAAUAAAUAAAUAAAUAAAUAAAUAAAAAUCUAAGCUUAAUAAAGAAUGAGGAACAAUGAGGACCAAAGAAAAUUCCAGUAAAUCCACAAAUGAAAUACAUGAACAUGAACAUGGUGUAAACGAUAUUCUGAAAUAAAAUCGUAGCUAAAUCAUAA